CCUAAACGACGAGUUACGUAACUAAUAAGUAAGAUGGCGGUCUUUUCAACAGUUGAUUUGAAACAGAUUAAAUUAGAUUUGUGUAAAUUAUUGAAAGAAUGUUCCGAAAGGAAAUUGAUACAUUCGACGAAAUGGGCUGCAGAAUUAUCUUUGGCACUUAGUAACAUCAGAUUAAGUCCUGAACAAUUACAGCCUUCGUUACAGGAUGCAGAUGAUCAAACCUGGCAAGAAUGGGAUAAAUAUAUAUUAGCAAAGAGCUAUUUUGAUUCUCAAGAAUAUGACAGAGCUGCCUAUUUUACUGAAAACUGUACUUCUCCAAAAGCACAUUUCUUACAUUUAUAUGCAAGAUAUCAAUCUGGAGAAAAAAAGAAAUUAGAUGAUAUGGUUGAUACAGUUGUUCCUGGUGAAAAGGUAAAGAAUGGAGCUUUAAAAGUCUUAAGAGCAGAAAUGCAAAAAGAAUAUCUGAAUAAGAAAUUAGAUGGUUACUGUUUAUAUUUAUAUGGGAUUGUUCUGAAGAGAUUGCAAUUACACAAACAAGCUGUUGAUAUUCUUACAGAAGCAAUUCACAAAGAACCACUCCAUUGGGGAGCUUGGUUAGAACUGGCUGCUCUAAUAACAGAUAAAGACAUGCUCUCAGUUCUCACACUACCAGACCACUGGAUUAAAGAAUUUUUUCUGGCUCAUGCUUAUUUAGAAUUACAGUUAAAUGAAGAAGCAUUAUCAAUUUAUACACAUCUCCAGGAAAUAGGUUUUGCUGCCAGUACUUAUAUAAUGGCACAGAUUGCAAUUGCAUAUCAUAAUAUGAGAGACGUUGAUCAAGCGAUUGAAUGUUUUCAGUCGCUACAAAAAAUAGAUCCGUUCAGACUGGAUAACAUGGAUAUUUAUUCUAAUCUUCUUUAUGUCAAGGAAAUGAGAAUGGAAUUAUCUUAUCUUGCACACCAUACUUCAGAAAUUGAAAAGUAUAGAGUUGAAACUUGUUGUGUGAUUGGAAACUUUUACAGUUUAAGAUCUCAACACGAGAAAGCAGUUUUAUAUUUUCAGAGAGCAUUGAGGUUAAAUCCCAAUUAUCUUUCUGCAUGGACAUUAAUGGGGCAUGAAUAUAUGGAAAUGAAAAAUACAUCCGCAGCCAUUCAGUCAUAUAGACAAGCAAUUGAAGUUAACAGAAGAGAUUACAGAGCAUGGUAUGGUCUUGGACAAACCUAUGAAAUUCUAAAAAUGUCUUUUUAUUGCUUGUACUAUUAUAGACAAGCACAACAACUUAGACCUAACGAUUCUCGAAUGAUGGUUGCUCUUGGUGAGGCAUACGAAAAAUUAGAGAAGCUCCAAGAAGCCAAAAAAUGUUUCUGGAAAGCUCAUGCUGUCGGAGAUGUUGAAGGAAUUGCAUUAAUUAAACUAGCAAAACUAUAUGAGAAACUUGGAGAAGAAAAUGAAGCGGCAGCAGCUUAUACAGAUUACAUUAGAGAUGCCGAAGAGAGAGGCAUAAUGGAUAGAGACGAACAAUGUCACGCUUACAGGUAUCUUGCUAAUUAUUACUUAACACAUCAUCGCCUAGAAGAAGCUUACGAGAAUGCUCAGAAAUGUUCAGAAUAUAAUGAGACACGAGAGGAAGCAAAGAUGCUCUUACAUCAGAUUGCACAGUUGAGGACAAUACAUGAUAAUGAAAUCAUGCAAGUCGAAGAUAUAAACAAACUUCCUAUUGCCCCAUCUCAGUUUUGCUCUCAGGCAACAAACACUCCAGUAACUCGCCUCUCCUUCACUCCUGAUAACGAAACCCUGAGAUGAUUAUUGGACACAUUCACAGACAACAAAA